UUGUGCGUAGACUAAUAAAUAUUCCAUCCACAAAACUGUUCUGCGAGUCCAAACAUCAAACACCUCAUAGGCGCUAAAAUGGAGAAAUCUUCUUCCGCAUCGGAUACUGUGGAGACUGUCCUUCGAACCCUAAUCACCAGAGGCUGGUCUUUCCGCGACAUUGAUCAAGUCAAAUUACUCCUUUCAGCUCAAGCUAGCUCGCCCACCAUCGAUUCAAUCGAAUCAGAACUUAUCAAUUUGGACUUGCGAUCCAUAGGCGGCAAAUCAUUACCAGAUUCUUCUUCUCUUCGCAAAAUUUCUCAUCUCCGGGGCCCCUUAGUCCUUCAAAUAUCUUCUGUUAGAGAUAUAUCUUGCAGCAAAAUGACUGAGAGUUCAGGAAAUACAAAAAAUCGGCGUCUUUUGAGAUUGAAGCUCACUGAUGGACAUUCUGAAGUAACUGCUAUAGAGUACUCUUACAUACCGACAAUUCCUGAUGAUGUUAUACCUGGCACUAAGGUCCGCUUGGAAAAUAAAACUGUAGUUCGUAGUGGUAUUGUAUGUUUAAAUGCCAAAACAAUUGUUGUUUUAGGUGGUCUUGUCGAGUCACUUUAUGAGGAAUGGCAAAUGAACCAAAAAUAUUCAGGUGUACCGCGCUCAUCUUUGAGGCAAUUGCAAGAAGAAGGCUAUUCUGGUCCUCCACCAUUUGAAAAGUUGCAAGUUAGAGCUUAUCAAAAGAACCUUGCUCAGCAGAAGAGAGAUUCCCAGUUUUCCAUGUCUUCCUCUAAAAGUUCUGUAUUCAAGCCUACUGGAAAAAAUGAUAGUUCUAUGACCCCCCAGAUCCAUAAUGAUUCAAGGAAUGAUACCAUGGAUGAUGAUCUGAAGCAACCUACUCAUUCUGAAAAAAAUGAAGAAAAGCCAACCAGCUCUGAAGCAAGACCAAAAGAAGUUGCCGAAUCUUUCCCUGUUCAAAAUCAAGCAGCUUCACAAAAACUGCUUCAGAAAAUGAGCCAGCCUACCAGGGGUAACCAUCGCACAAGAGGUCAAAGACAUAGGGGGAAGGGAAAAGAGGAAGACUCACAUCUUCUUACGCUUGAUGAGUGGGAAAGGAGUAAAACGGGAAACUUUUCAGGAACUCAAAAACUUUCUGAUAUUAGCCAGGACGAGGAUCUUGCAAGGCAGCUUCAAGAGCAGUUUGAUUUGGAAGAUGUUCAUGUACAAAAUGAUUCUAGCACAACAGAGGCAGAAAAUAUAAGGCUGAGCAUGUUCAGAUUUGACAGAGAUGAUGCAAGAGCUCAUGGCACAACAGGGUUUAGGGGAAGAGGAAGGGGAAGAGGAAGAGGAAGGAGGGGAGGCAGAGGGAGAACUUGAUUUUGUUAUACCGUUCAGCCUCCUGUCAUGUUUUCUCAGGUCUGUCUUUUAUGACAUGCAAUUCGUAUACAUGAAACAAUCCAACAUAUACAAACAUUUCAAUCUCAAUGUUGGCAACGAAUCUUCAUUUAGCAUGCAUUUGUUGCAUUUCCUUGCAGUUUAUUUUCUUCUGGAAGCUUAGUUAACACCAAAAACGAAGGACAGGCUGGGUUUCUUCACCACCCUAUCUGGCUAUCUCAAUGGUAAUCGACUUGGUUACUCGUCUACUUCAUUAUUUUGCUGCAUCCAGCCUUAUUACUCAAACGUAGAAUUUGUUUCUAGUUUGUCUUGUUCUCUAGUGUGCCUUGGGAAUAUGUGGGGUUUUAAAGUGUUCUAGGACGGAUAUUAGCUGGACUAGAGAGAUUUUUGGCGUUGGAGUAAUGCAAAUUUGAUAAAGCUGUUUCAAAUUUAUUUGGAAAAAUGAUGCUUGCACUUGCACUUGCACUAUUUGGGUCGAUGCCCUGAAAGAAAAAAGGAGAGAAAUCUAACCCAUUGUGACUGUGGGAGUGUAAAUAUCAUUGCUUAUUUACUUGACCCAGGUCCUCCAGCACAGCACUCCAUACCUUGUCGUAAUGUCCGGCCAGCCCAUAAUUAUAUUCAAUCUGAUGGAACAGCUGAACUCCGGAAGACCCUGUGUGGGCACACAACUAUGUGAAUCACGGUUCAAAAUGACGUCGUUGAAUUUUAUGAGUAAUGUAUUUUAUGUGUUAGAAUAUGUACUUUAUGUGUUAGAAUAAUGAAAUUUUUAAACUAAAAUAAUGUAUUUUAUGAGUUAAAAUAAUGUGCAUUAUUUUUUAAAAUAAUGUAUAUUACACUUUAAAUAAUGUACAUUAUGAGUUGUAAACAUGUAUGUUGCACUGGAUAUGUUGAAAAAAUUAUGCAAAA